AUGGGAUUUGUAAAAUUACUUGCCACAUAUUUGACCGGUGGUAGUGAGAAAUGUGAAACACCAAUUAAACGCUACUUCAUCAUCCACACUCUCCAACCAUACUAUCUCCUUGACAAUUACGUUCCUCCCUACAAUGAAAGUCGCUGCAAUGACGCCCGUCCAAGACCAGCAGACACAAUAACAGCUGCCUACUUAAGAAAGUAUGGAGUCCUAGAUGACUUGAUCGAGUAUUGGCCAAAUCGAUAUGGUUACUCCAACAUUGAGAAGAACUUGGAGUUUUGGCGUCUUCAAUGGAGCAGAGCUGGAAUGUGUUCACCAUAUCCUUUGUGUCCCGACUUUUACUUUAAGGUUGCCUCAACUUACGUUACAGCAAUAGAUCUUCUAGACAUCCUCGAGUCCGCAGGUGUUUACCCCGACAAUGGGAAAUACGAAGCAUUCUUAUAUGCAAAUGCCAUUGAAAAAGCGCUGGGAGUGAAUGUUCAAAUCCGUGGCAACAAGGACGCCAAGAACGUCACACAAUUCUACGAGACCAUCAUAUGCAUUUGCCAGAGUUAA